CAACGGCCGGCGGACUGUUUCACUUCCGUGCCAGUGUGUGACCACUAAAAAGCGUGCGAAAAUCCUGCCUUUGUGAAUUUCCACCUCAUUGCAAGUGUCCAAUUGUUCUCCUUUCUAUUUUUUUUCCCCCGGGGAAAAGCGCGCGCGGAAGGAAGUCAGUCAGUGAGGAAUCGUUAAAUUCCCAAUCAAAAGGACAAUGAGGCGGCGAAAUUUAUCACUGUUUUGUGCCAUUUUAUCCAUUUUACUUGUCCAUGGCGUGAAUUCCUUCAAGUUGUCCCGUUCGUCAGCCGAGGAGAAUCAAUUGAGCAAUAAAAAGGCCGGUUUUACACCAGUUCCAAACUUCCCUGUGAAGAAGUCGGGUCUGCUGGUGAAGUACGACCCUUGUCCGCACAACGUGCGAUGCGUUCCGCCCAUCCAGUGUCCGGCGCACGUGAACCUGCCGGCGGCCGAGAAGCCGCGGCCCUGCGAACUGGCCAGCGGAAGUGGCCACGGAUUGUGCUGCACCACCGGACAGAAUCACACAGGGCAAAAAAGCCAGGCGCAUCACCAUUUGCACCACCACAAGGCGCGCUCCGUGAGCCUCUCGGAGCUGAUCCGCGAGGCGAAGAGCCAACUCGUGGGCAUGCAGCAGACGGCGAUGCUGGCCAGGUCGCACAAGAUUGAGCCCGGCAAUCCCGAGUUCGCCCACAAUUCCCUCUUCCAGACCAACCAGCGCGACCGGAAGCGCGUGAACGCCAUGACGAACCGGGCGAUGCAGGAAGUGAUCGCGAGCAGAAUGUUCAGAGAAAGGGAAGCGAUUUCCGUGCGUGAUUUCCAGCUGAACAACUUCGAUGGCGCCUUGGCACCUUCUCUGCAGCGCGACUGUGAGUCGCAGGAUGCGCCGUGUCCCAGCCGCCCGCGGCGCUAUCGCCUGUCGGACGGCACAUGCAACAAUCCUCUGCCCGGCCGGACGUCCUGGGCGGCCGCCGGGACGCCACACGAGCGUCUCCUGCCGCCCGCCUACGUGGACGGCAUCUGGGAGCCGCGGCUGGUGUCCGCCACCGGCCAGCCGCUGCCCAGCACACGUGACAUCUCGCGCUUCGUGUUUCCGGACGUGGAUCGGCCGCACGCCACGUACAAUCUGCUGGUGAUGCAAUUCGGGCAAUUCAUCUCGCACGACGUCACCAUGACGGCGUCCGUCACGAGUCAGAGCGGCAGGCCGAUUUCGUGCUGCUCUGAGGACGGCUCGAGGCCGCUGCCGCCCUCGCAGAGCCACUUCGCCUGCAUGCCCAUCCCCAUCUCGCCGGACGAUGAGUUCUAUGCACAGUUCAAUCAGGGCUGCAUGAAUUUCGUGCGGUCGGCAAUUGCACCAAAUUGCCGACUCGGCUCCGCCAGGCAGAUCGACCGGGUGACACACUAUCUGGACGGCAGUCCAAUUUACGGCUCGAAUGAGCAAACCGAGGCGGACCUGCGGGUGUUUGAAGGUGGGCGUCUGCGGAUGCUGAAUGACUUCGGCAGGGAUUUGCUGCCGCUCAGCAACGAUAGGGACCAGUGCGGGCAGGUGCUGCCGGGGGCGCCGUGCUUCCAGGCCGGCGACGCGCGCGUCAAUCAAAUCAUCAGCGUCACGGCGCUACACAUAGUGUACGCGCGCGAGCACAACCGCGUGGCCGCCGCGCUGGCACAGCUCAAUCCCCACUGGUCAGAUGAUUUACUCUUCGCCGAGGCGAAGCGCAUCGUGGUGGCCCAACUCCAGCACGUCACAUACAAUGAGUAUCUGCCACUACUUAUCGGUGCUGAGACAAUGGCGCGCUUCGAUUUGAAUGUGCGCCCGGGCUUCAGUGAUGAUUACAGUGCAGAUGUGAAUGCCGCUGUCACCAGUGAAUUCAUAACGGCCGCCUUCCGCUUCGGUCACUCCACCGUCGACGGCGUAUUUCGCACAUUCAGCGAGACCAUCGAAAUUCCCGACGUCAUGUUCAAUCCCGCCCGCCUCCUGCGGAGAUCCUUCUACGACGACAUCCUCGUCACGAUGACAUCGCAGCCGAUGCAGGAAGUGGACUCAUCCAUUACCAAUGGGCUGAGUCAGUUUAUGUUCCGUGGAACAAAUCCCUUUGGCCUGGAUUUGGUGGCGAUAAACCUGCAACGUGCUCGAGAUCACGGGCUGAGGACGUACAACGAGUACUUGGAGUUGACGGGCUCGAGGCGGAUUGGCGAUUUUGGGGAUUUGGGCGAGGAGAUUGCCGCCAGGCUGCGGCGCGCCUACGCCUCGCCGGAUGACAUUGAACUGUGGGUGGGUGGGCUGCUCGAGGCCGCCCGGGUGGACGCCCUGCUGGGCCCCACCUUCACCGACAUCAUCGCCGAUCAGUUCUCACGCUUCCGCCGCGGCGAUCGAUACUUCUACGAGCACAAUUCCGGCAUCAAUCCGGGCGCCUUCACGGCACGCCAGCUCGCCGAGGUGAAGAAGUCAUCGAUGGCGCGGCUGCUGUGCGACAAUGCAGACGGAAUCCUCCUGAGAGCCCACCAGCCCCGCGCCUUCCUCCUGCCAGCCGGCGGCAACGACCCCGUGGCCUGCGACUCCAACGCAAUCCCCAGGAUGGAUCUGUCGGCGUGGCGGGAGGAGGAGUAGCGCUCCUCAGCAUCCCCCUUUGCUGUCCUUUGUAGAGGAACUCGCACACCUCUGUCACCCACGCUUUCCACACUUUCAGCAACAUUAAAUUGCAGGGCAAUAA